UUUCUCUGCAAAAUGAAGCUAUUGAUAAACCAGAUAUUAAAGUGUUGACCCACUGUGGCUCUCUGAGCGACUCCUGAAUUGUAUAUCAGUCCAAGAACAGAGCGCGGCAGACCUCCAGCGGUCUGAAACUCCUCCUCGCCUCAUCGCUCAAACGCGCCUGCCACGGUGACCUUCUCGCGGUCUCCUCAGAGACGGCAGCCACCUGGCCCCGACGACACGUCGAGAGAGCACGGCACUCGCAUUCACACGCACACCAUGGACUCAACAGAAAACUGGAUCGAGCAGUGCCUGAACGAGAGUGACAGCCCGGCAGAUGUCAGCAGCGAUGCUUUCUGCGAGGGCGACAGCCUGCCUCGAGAGCGGGACCGUAAGCCAGAUGACGAAAAGGAAAACGCCCGCGCACUAAAGCCACACUCAACUCCCCUUACUCUCCAAUGGCUUGAAGAAAACUAUGAAAUGGCAGAAGGGGUGUGUAUUCCAAGAAGUGCCCUCUACAUGCACUACCUGGACUUCUGUGAGAAACAGGAUAUCCAGCCAGUCAAUGCUGCAAGUUUUGGAAAAAUCAUCCGUCAACAGUUUCCACAGCUAACGACAAGAAGACUGGGAACUCGGGGACAAUCAAA